AUGCAGCUCCCGACCAACCUCCUCGCCCUGCAAGCCCUCUUGGCCUCUGCAGUCUCCGCCGCGGCCUUGCUUCCCCGGGACACCACGCCUAGCAACACCUCUGCCCCAACCUCCACCACUCCCGACAACCCAUUCCCCACCAACGUUGGCUACGCAGGAACCAUCAAGCACGGCUCCCCACCCUUCCUAGCCGUUGAAGACCGCAUCCCAGGUCAACUCAAGACUUCCAUCGACACCCGGUUCAAGCCCAUCCAUGAAUUCAAGGACGACGACUAUAACAUCUUCCACAACCUCGGUAACGAGUCUCCUUACUUCCCUUCGCCACUCUUCUCGUCUUUUCAGGAGAACAACACUGUGCUGCCUGAGAAGUGCACUGUGAAACAAGUGCACAUCUUGCACCGUCAUGGAUCCCGCUACCCCACUUCCUCGACUACCGAAGGAGCUCCUUAUUUCGGGGAAGUGAUCAAGAAUGUUUCACGUCUGAACAACCCCCAGUCAAACUUCAGCGCUUCGGGCCCACUUUCUUUCCUUAACGACUGGAAGUACGAGUUGGGAGCGGAGAUCUUGGUCCCUGUCGGAACGCAAGAGCUCUUCGACUCUGGUGUCUCGCACUACUACCAGUAUGGAAGGCUGUACAAUGCGUCGAGCGACCGGAAGCCCGUGAUUCGCACCACGAGCGAACAGAGGAUGUUGGACUCUGCUCGAUACUGGACCCUUGGCUUCUUCGGCUGGGAUGCAUCGACAAAGAUCAAUCUCGAAGUGAUUCUGGAGGGAGGUGACGGACUGAGCACACCCGAUGCGUUCAACAACACUCUGGCCUCCUACGACACUUGCAACAAUUCGGACACGAUCACUGUUGGUGACACGUACUUGCGUCCGAUCUGGGAUGGCAUCUACCUGCCCAACAUUACUCAGCGUCUGCAGCAGUACGUCAAGGGCUUGACCUUGAAGGAUAAGAUGGUAUAUGGUAUGCAGAGCCUCUGUGCCUACGAGACUGUCGCUCUUGGCUACAGCAACUUCUGCGGCCUGUUCACCAAGGAAGAAUGGGAAGGCUUUGAAUAUGACUUGGAUUUGCAGUUUAGUGGUGAUUACGGCAUCAUGAGUCCCAACGGUAAAGCACAGGGCAUCGGCUGGGUUAACGAGUUGCUCGACCGUCUCACCAAGACUCCUUUCAACAUCAGCACAAUUACCACCGAGAACAGCACGCAAGACAGCAACCCAACCCAUUUCCCUCUCGACCAGUCCAUCUACGUCGACUUCACCCACGACGACAUCGUCCUCUCCGUCCUCACCGCGCUCAACUUCACCCAAGUCGUGGGAGAGUUCUUGGACCCUCACUACCCCGAUCCCAACCGUACUUUCAAGCUGAGCCACAUCACUCCUUUCGCCGCUCGACUCGUCUUUGAGGUGGUGGAUUGCGAAGGAAAGCAAGGGCAGUAUAUUAGAACAAAGCUCAACGAUGCUGUCAUUCCAUACAGUGAAGCUCAGGGUUGUCCGGAGGGCAAGGCCCUUUGCCCGAUGAAAGACUUUGUUGCGUUCCAGCAGGAGAAUGCGUACAAGGAUGCAAACUUUGGCAAGGCUUGCUUCGGAGUCAACGGUACUGAUUUUACUAUUACUGGCCCGGUGAGGAACGGAACUGUUUACUAG